AUGAUAGAAUCAACUCAGAAUAAUGAAAGACCUAUAAAACACCAAAAGAUAGUUAAAGAGUCGGAUGACGAAGAAGAGAUAAUCAGUAAAAAAAGAACAACUACAACCUCAACAAAUCGAAAGGGACCAAUAGUUAAGGAGUCAGAGGAUGAAGAGUCAGGUUCAGAUUCAGAGUCAGAAUCAGGUUCGGAAUCAGGUUCAGGUUCAGAAUCAGAAUCAGAAUCAGAUUCAGGUUCAGAUUCAGAUGAUAGCGAUGCUGAAAAUACUAAAAUUCGGGAAGAGGCAGAAUUAAGGAAACUAUCAACUGAUCCUGAAGCAGGUAUUAUUGAGUCGAUAACAUUAGAAAAUUUUAUGUGCCAUCGUCACUUUCAUAUUUCAUUUGGGUCAAAUGUUAAUUUUAUUUCCGGUGAAAACGGUAGUGGUAAAAGUGCUGUUAUGAUUGCUUUAAUCAUUGCCUUGGGUGCCAAGGCAAGUUUUACAAAUAGAGGUAGUAAAAUUACUGAUUUAAUUAGAACUGACACAAAUCAUUCUCUUAUUAAAGUAGUAUUAAGAAAUAGGGGCCCAGAGGCAUAUCAACCAGAAAAGUAUGGUAAUUCAAUUGUUAUUGAAAGAAGAAUUAAUAGAAAUGGUGGCAGUGGUUAUAAAAUUAAAGAUCAUACCGGUAAAGUUACAAUUUCAGAAAAGUUUACAGAACUCUCAUUAAUUCUUGAGCAGUUUAAUAUUCAAAUUGAUAAUCCAAUGUCGAUUCUUACACAAGAUACCAGUAGACAAUUUUUAAAUUCAGCAACUGCUUCAGAAAAAUAUAAACUUUUCCUUACAGCCACACAAUUAGAUAAAAUGACAAAAGAUUAUACAGCAACUAAAGAAAAUAUUGAUAGAAUUAAUAAUCAUAUUAUAGCCAAAGCUCAAGUAUGUAGUAAAUAA